UUAAGCCCUGUUCCGUUUGCUCGGUAACGGUACCGGUACCACGGUACCACCUGGCACCUAUUGACUCCGUGCAGUAACCCGAUACAAAGUUCUACAAAACUUCUGUUCCAAUUUUGCAACCCUUUCUUCGCUGGCUAACCCUUCAAUUCCUUACUACAAUUCAGAUUUUCUUGGCUAGUGACCUUGAUAAAAUGUCAUCCCUCAAGGAUAAAGUGGUGUUGAUAACAGGUGCUAGUUCAGGAAUUGGUGCUGGCACAGCCAUACACUUUGCAAAAUUGGGAUGUCAUCUUGCACUAAAUGGACGUAAUGAAGACAACUUAAAAUCUGUUGUGAAACAAUGUGAAGAUACAGGUUUAUCGAAAGAAAACAUCCUCACCAUAGUAGGUCAAGUGGAAGAUCAACAAAGCUGUGAAAAGAUCAUCAAUGACACUGUGAAACAUUUUGGGCGUUUAGAUUCUUUGAUUAACAAUGCCGGGACACUAGUAACAGGCAGCUUUGAAACAAUGUCUGUUGAAGAUUUUGACAGACAGAUGAAUGUAAAUGUUCGCUCGGUUUUUCUACUCAUGAAAUUGGCUAUACCACAUUUGAAAAUGACAAAAGGGACAAUAGUGAAUGUAUCAAGCGUGGCUGGUCUAAGAUCUUUUCCCAACAUUGCUGCCUAUGCCACAAGUAAAGCUGCGGUUGAUCAAAUGACAAGAUGCACAGCGUUGGAUUUGGCACCAUAUGGUAUUCGUGUGAAUGCAGUGAAUCCUGGUGUCAUUGUGACAGAUAUUCACAGACGAGCAGGAAUGUCAGAGAAAGACUAUGCUGAGUUUCUGGAGCACUCACGAUCAACACAUGCCCUGGGGAGAGCAGGAACAGUUGAAGAAGUUGCCAAAGCCAUUGCAUUUCUUGCCUCUGACGAUUCAACUUUCACAACUGGAGAAACCCUUACAGUUGAUGGUGGUAGACAUGCAAUGUGUGCACGAUAAAUAUAAUACAAGCUGUUCCAGGCUGCAAUUUUUUAAAAUUACAGCAGCGCAAGAGUGUAACAACUGUAUUACUUGUUUAAUAAUGGAGAAAAGUCAGGUAAUAUAAGACUAGUUUUUGAAAGAAAGGUGUACUUCAAUUACUAAAUCGGCUUUUUUUAUGGGGACUAGUUAUAAGUUAACACACACUAAAGUUAAAAAAUUGACAAGUACAAAAUAAAUACUUUUCUUCUAAAUCCA